GUGUAUUUGCAUCCGUACUGUGCUCAACUCUGAAAUAAUUUUGAAACCAUACCGCGAUGAAAAGAGUUAAAUGAUCAAAAUCUGUAGAUGUGGACUCGUGGUUUAAAACCAAAACAUGGUCAUAUGUGGGUUGUAUUUACACCUUGGUUUAUUAAUCACGUAAGAGUAUUAACUUUCCACUCACUGCAUAGGUGAUGCUUUUUUUUUUGCUCUACCCUGACUUGAACUUGAAAUUACUUGACAUUAUGAAACUACAACGUGGAUGUGAUUGGACGGAGCAUGCCCCAGAAUUUAUUUUGGGAAAGGACCAUUUUCAAAGCGCCACCCCUCGACGUGGCAAAUGUUUCACGCAGCCAUGUUGACUGCUGCUACGUAAGCACUUGGGCGUAAGUUAGUUUAGCUGGGUAGUGCAUGGGCCCCUUUGCUGUCAGUGAAAGCGGUGUAGAAAAAACGAGAGCCUAGUUCCCAGAGGGUGCCAUGGCUACCUUCCAGGAGUUCAUCCAGCAGAAUGAGGACCGUGAUGGUGUGCGCUUUAGCUGGAACGUCUGGCCCUCUAGCCGCCUGGAGGCCACCCGCAUGGUGGUCCCUGUUGCUUCUCUCUUCACGCCUCUGAAAGAACGGCCGGACCUCCCCCCUAUUCAGUAUGAGCCAGUGCUCUGUAGUCGUGCCACCUGUCGCGCCGUGCUCAACCCCCUGUGUCAAGUGGAUUAUAAAGCCAAACUGUGGGCUUGUAACUUCUGUUACCAAAGGAACCAGUUCCCACCAACCUAUGCUGGAAUCUCAGAAGUGAACCAACCAGCUGAGCUUCUUCCCCAGUUCUCCACUAUAGAAUAUGUUGUUCAGAGAGGUCCCCAAAUGCCUCUGAGCUUCCUCUAUGUGGUGGAUACGUGCAUGGAAGAUGAGGACCUGCAGGCGCUGAAAGAGUCUCUGCAAAUGUCUCUGAGUCUGCUGCCUCCCACUGCCCUGGUCGGCCUCAUCACCUUCGGACGCAUGAUCCAGGUGCACGAGCUGGGAUGUGAGGGCAUCUCCAAGAGCUAUGUCUUCAGAGGCACUAAAGAUCUCAAUGCCAAGCAGCUACAGGAGAUGCUUGGGUUGACCAAGCCAGCAGCACCGCAGGCAGGAAGAGGACCACAAGGCCCACAAGUUCCUCUCUCUAACAGGUUUUUGCAGCCUGUCCAGAAGGUUGACAUGAACCUAACUGACCUCUUGGGGGAGCUGCAGAGGGAUCCCUGGCCUGUCACCCAGGGCAAGAGGCCACUGCGCUCCCUGGGCGUAGCGCUGUCCAUUGCUGUUGGCCUGCUAGAGUGUACUUUCCCCAACACCGGCGCUCGCAUCAUGACCUUCAUCGGGGGUCCAGCCACCCAGGGCCCUGGCAUGGUGGUGGGCGAUGAACUGAAGAUACCCAUCCGCUCCUGGCAUGACAUCGAGAAGGACAAUGCCAAGUUCAUGAAGAAGGCCACAAAACACUACGAAGCCCUGGCCAACCGCGCAUCAGCUAACGGCCACAUCAUCGACAUUUACGCCUGUGCCCUGGACCAGACAGGACUCGGUGAGAUGAAGUGUUGCUCCAAUUACACAGGUGGUUACAUGGUCAUGGCAGAUUCCUUCAACACGUCACUCUUCAAGCAGACCUUCCAGAGAGUUUUUACUAAGGAAGUGCAAGGGGCCUUCAAGAUGGCCUUCGCUGGCACUUUAGAAAUUAAGACUUCAAGAGAGGUCAAGAUUUCAGGAGCGAUUGGCCCAUGUGUUUCUCUAAAUGCCAAAGGACCGUGUGUGUCUGAAAAUGAGAUUGGCACUGGCGGUACAUGCCAGUGGAAGAUUUGUGGCGUAGACCCCAGCACCACUCUGGCUAUCUACUUCGAGGUGGUCAAUCAGGUAAGUGUGUGUGUGUGUGUGUGUGUGUGUGUGUGUGUGUGUGUGUGUGUGUGUGUGUGGUCUCCUCCUAGCGCUGUCUCAGCUGAGCCUUCAGAGAGAAGAGUUAUUUGUAAAGACUUACAAAGAGGGAUAGCUGUGAGACCGCUCAAUUGUUAUCUCUCCAUUCACGCCUGCACUGCAGUGGAAGAGGUGCCGCACAGAUUGAUUGGAUCUCAUUUUAAAAAGCGUUUUCAGGCCCCAAAGCGGAUUUCGUUCAAACACAACUUUGGGAUGAGGGGAGAAACAAUCUCCACGGCGCAGUGUUUUACAGUGCGCAGCAUGGAAAUGCAAUGAACAAGAGUUAGUGCUUUUCAUAGUGUGAUGUGAAGAGA